AUGAUGAAAAAAAGAAAGAACAAUGGUCAUGCCAAAAAGGGCCGCGGUUAUGUGCAGCCUAUUCGCUGCAUGAACUGCACCUGUUGCAUACCCAAGCAUAAGGCCAUUAAGAAGUCGGUCAUUCAGAACAUAGUGGAGGCUGUCACCAUCAGGGACAUUUCUGAAGCGAGUGUCUUCGAGGGUUAUGAGCUUCCCAAGCUCUAUGUGAAGCUGUGUUACUGUGUGAGUUGUGCCAUUCACAGCAAAGUGGUCAGAAAUCGAUCUGGUGAAGCCUGUGAGGACCGAACACCUCCACCCCGAUUUGGACCCGCAGGUGCUGCCCCACGGCCUCCACCAAAGCCCAUGGGAGGGGGGCUGGACUGGUCGUGA